UCUGAUGCUUAACCGACUGAGCCACCCAGUAACUCAGCACUUUUAAUUUUUCCUUUUGUUCAGAGUUUUACAUUUAUAAGAGGAACUCUCAAAACAUAUACAGUAUCCAUAAUGAAUAUGGCAACAGUGGGUAAAAGUUCUAAAACAGUGUUUUAUCCUACAAUUAAAAAAAAAAAAUGGUUAGGUUUACUUGUCUCUUUAUGUUUUCCAGAUGAGAAAAUAAGGCCCAGAUAGAUUAAAUAUUUUAGUCAAUUUCUCAUAGAUCUAUGGGAGAUCUUGAAAUAGCAUUCUGUUUCCUAACUCCAGGACCAAUAUUCUCACCAGAUCACCACACAUCUAUGUUAUAUAGAAUCACAGACAGAGCUAAUAGUUAAAAUAUCCGAGUUAAUUAUUUUUUAUGCAAAAACCCAGUAGUUGGCUAGACAGGCAAGAACCAUAUGAUCACGAUGGCUGAAUAUUUUAUAUCAUUCUUAGAGAAUCCUCUAAAUCUGUGGUUUUAAAAUAAUGGAACCAAUUCUCUACCAUAGACGGAGCUCACAUUUGUGAAGCACUUGAGAAAACCAGACCCAUGAGCCAGAAAUUCUUAUAUUUUCACUCCUUAACUGAAAUACCAAAAAAUUCCAAAGAAUACUUGAAUAUGCAACAUUUUAUCCAAAAGAGUUAACCAGAAAACCCUUUUAAAUGGGUUACUUCACUUCCUUAUUUAUACAGAAGAAGUUUUAUAUAAUUUUGUAUCUUGGAGUGAUGAUUUGGACUCUUUCAGAGCACUUAGAACAAUGCUUUUAUUAUUAGUGUUCAUACUUCUCUCCUUAGACUGUUAGCCCUUGAAGUCAUGGACCAUAGCUUAUCCAUUUUGUAUUUCUCAUCGUCUGGUUCAAAUGCUCAGUUCAAAUGCUAAUCUAAACAAAUUAGAUAUGUUUAUCUAAUUUAUCUGCUAUAAGUCAUAAUAAUAUUAUCCAUCUGCUUAGAAUGACCCAUCAAUAUUGAACAGACUCUCCAUUAAACAGGUUCUAUUGAGAUACAUAUUCUCCUUCUACUUGAGGCACAGUGGACCCUCUGUUAUCUUCCAGGUAGUCAAACCUCAUUCUUUUUUCCCGGCUAACCCACAGUAGAUCUGUCCUUGAAUGGUAUUACUCUCACUAUGUCAACCUAUAUUUUUUGUGUCUAUAAUUUGUUUUAAGAUAGUGCGCUCAAUACAUUUUCUUAGUAAAAUAAUUUUUAUUUGUCCAACUCCACUUCUUUCAACCAUCAGAGAAUAUUCUCAGGGUUGGAAAAGGGGGGGUGGUUCUAGAUUUCUGGGUUAACCCUUUAACAUCGGUUAGAAUAACACUAGAAUAGUUGGCCCAUUCUAGGCUUUCUGUAGCUUCAUCUUCCUUGACAGACAUUGGAUAGAAUUGUAUGCAAGCUUAUUUGCAUUGAGAUGGCACUACAGUUUGAUUAUACAUUUUCUUGGUUUCUAUAUGCUUUCUAAUUAUGACUAGUCUGUUGGCCUUUUAAACUAUCGAACCAAAGAUUUUAGGAAACUCCUGUUUUGAAAAGCCCCUACUGAGGCCUGUUAAGUCACUUCUUAUAAUUAGAGGCAGGUAUUUAAACUGUUUCUACUGAAUGAAUUGUUUUGCACUGAGUUGACCUUAUGUGUCUGUCACUUUUCUGUUGUGAUGUUUCAGGCUUUCCAUUUCACUGCCUAGUGUUGUUAAGUGGCACUUGCGAGCAGGACAUUUGCUAUGUGAGUUCCUACACUAUGACGUAUAUGGCUCAUGGCCACAUUAUAAAGAAAGGUUAUUGAGAGUACUAAGUAUGUAAAAACACCUAAUAUAGGGCCUAGAACAAAGUAGGCAUUCGAUAAAUAUAUAUAUUUACACACACACACGCACACACAUAUGCACACGCACUGUAGCUCUUUCUAAAUGUCCCUUCUGAAUGUCCUAAAGGAUUCAUGUAAUAGAUUCUUUAAUUUUGUCUUUGAUUUAGCAUGACUGCAAUCUACAUGAUGUCCGUGCUUUUUGGCCUGGCAUGUGGACGAGCGAUGUCUUUUUGUUUUCCAACUGAGUAUAUGAUGCAUGUCGAAAGGAAAGAGUGUGCUUAUUGCCUAACCAUCAACACCACCAUCUGUGCUGGAUAUUGUAUGACACGGGAUAUCAAUGGCAAACUGUUUCUUCCCAAAUAUGCUCUGUCCCAAGACGUUUGCACCUACAGAGACUUCCUGUACAAGACUGUAGAAAUACCAGGAUGCCCACACCAUGUUACUCCCUAUUUCUCCUACCCGGUAGCUGUAAGCUGUAAAUGUGGCAAGUGUAAUACUGAUUAUAGCGACUGCAUACAUGAGGCCAUCAAGACAAAUGAUUGUACCAAACCCCGGAAGUCCGAUGCGGUAGGAGUUUCUAUCUAACUUCAAUAGCAAGGUCACUUGCGGUUCAGUUCAAUGUGUUUACCUGGAAUACAAUUAAUAAAAUACCAAUAUGUUUCACAACA